CUCGGCGCCGGACAAGGAAAGCUGAUCUGGCUCCGUAUUGACCGACAGGGCUUGACCGCUGGUCGUGAGGAAAUCGUCGACAGGGCCGGAGGAACUCGAGUUGUACUGAUUGUGCGAAACCCGCGCAAGGAAGACAACAAUGUGGAGUAUCGUUGCACUGACGGAUUUCAAGAAAGCAAGGUCACUCUACAAGUACGAGACAUAUGCGCACAGGGCAUGCGGGCCUGUAUCGAUGGCUCCUGCAUCAGUGAAAAUAAGUUUUGCAAUGGCAUUCAAGACUGCGCGGAUGGAUCUGAUGAGGAGGUUGAGCGCUGUGUGAUGGUCCCUUAA